AUGACAAUUCGUUUUAUCGUUGCUCUUCUGCUUGCUGGCGUCUAUGGUGCGUUCGAAAAGACAAGUUGUUUCUUUCUUUCGAUUGUUUUUCAUUUGGUGGACUUACUGUUUUCAGCGGUCAAAGCCGGUUCACCAUGUGCUGAAGGUUGGCGAUAUUUCCCGGUGACAAAUACUUGCUAUAAACUCAUCGACGAUGAGUUACCAUGGACGAUAGCCGAGUUCAAAUGUCUAUUCCAAGGCGCUCAUCAUGCCUCUAUUGGUAGCGCUGCCGAAAAUAAAUUCGUACAUGAACUUGCACGGCAUGGCGAGAUGUGGACUGGAGCCGCUUGGUUCGGCUCGACACCAAACUAUGUGAACUCGGAUCAGACACCUUACGGCUCCUACACGAAUUGGAAAUCUGGAGUGAAUCCAGGGCUGAAUAAAGCUCGACGAUGUAUUAAGAUUGGACGAGACGGACAAUGGUUCCAGUCCUGCUGCAAGAAGAAGGGACUAGCCGUAUGUGAGAAGCCAGCCGCCUAUUCAUGGGAGUCAACCAACGAUCUCUCGGAAUUCCGUCGAGCGAAGUUCCGUCGAUUCCGAUUCUAA